GCUUCCUCCAACACCCAACACCCUGCAACACUACCCCUGCAACACCACCCGCUAACCCCACCAUAGCAAAAAGCAACACACACAUAAAUAGAAAAAAGUGGGGAAAAGAGAAAUAGUGCAAACAGAAAAUUUCGCGGCGGUGAAGAGAUACAGUGAUAACGUUGACAGUGAUAAAAGAACGAGCCUUGAGAGUGAUACAGUGACGUUGAAAGAGAUAACUGUGAAGGGUUGAUGGAAAUACAGUGAUAACGUUGAGAGAUAAAAAAAAACAAGACUCGAUAGUGAUACAGUGGAGACGUUGAAAGGGAUAAAAGUGAGCGUUGAAAGAUAUAGUGGAGAUACGUUGAAAGGGAUAAUAAUGAAGCAAGCGUUGAAGUAUAUACAGUGGCAGCGUUGAAAUAUUGGUAAAAGUGGAGAGACUGAAAAUCAUACCCGUGUAAGCGUUGCAAUUGAUACAGUGAAUAUGAACUAAUGCAGAGUCCUGGUGAGGAAUAAUGUGUAGGUGAAAUGCAAUAGAGAAAUGCUGAUAUAUAAAUAGCAGAGACAAUAAAAAAAAGAAUAAUAUGCCAUGACAAGUGAACAAGAGAGAAAAAACUACUCGACGAUCUUUGUGUCAGCCGUGAGAAGUUACAGUACAAAAAAAACUAUAUUAUGAAAAAAGUGAACAAAACAUGAAUGGGACUUGUACUUGUUUUUAAUAAUAUACGUGAAAAGAACCCUAAUAAUAUGAAGUGAAAGAGAACCACUGACUUACAAGCUUUUUUAACUAAGUAAACUAGACGUAAUAAAAAUAAGUGCCAACGUGACCCACAGCAGGUGAUGACUUAACGCCUGGGAGACAAUCAAGGACAGGAUAACCAACAAGACGACCAACAGGUGGGCGGAAGGCAGAUACUCGUGGGCGUGUUGCCACGAUGAUGGGCGGUGUGGCGGCUGUGAUGCACUGUACAGCGUGGCUGGGCAGAGUGGCAUAGUGCUGCGGCUCGGUGGUGCUGUGUGGUUCUGCUGCGGCCUAUGCGGGCCAUCAAGGUGCCUUCCCGCUGUGCCGCGUGACGCACUUUGACAAAUCGGUGGCGCCCGCUCCGUCCCAAUGUCCGGCAGCGUUGCACCAACAAGCUUCUGAGAGAUUGAAAAUCCUAGCAGCAGGAUGGAUCUUCUCCCUCAGGCUCCGGCCGCCCUCACUCCAAGAGAGCCACCGGGGGAAGCGCCAAACCAUUAUGACUCAGCCAAGCCCGUGGCGAGCCAGAACAUUCCUGUGGAGGUGUCGCUGAGGACCACAGAGGAGGAGGUGGCAGGGAGCAGCGCAGCGGCGGGAAGGCAAGGACACACGGCGGAGGCGCUCGGUGCCCCGACCCAGGCAGUGCCAGAUGUCGGUCCUGCAGUGAGCCACGUGGAGGCGUCCUGCUGCGACAAUCACAAACAAACUGCCAACCUCAACUGUACACACCUUAACUUUCCUUCCUGUGACUGUGUGGCUCGAGCCGCUAAACAUCGCCCAACCCACGGCCGUCUGGGACGCAGGGCGGGACGCCGGCCCCACCGCGGGCCCUCCCUGGCCGCCCUACGGGACUCCGGCCUCGAGGCAUUUGAUGAAAACGAAGAAUCUGACUUUCAGGAAUCCGAGACCGAGACGGACCCCCACCUGGCUGACACCACCGACGCCGAGUCAGACUGCACGGCGGGGCUGGAGUCUGACGUGGAAGGCGCUGUCGGUGGUCCGGAGCUGCUGGCGCCCCCUGACAUCCCAGGGGGGCGCCGUGCAUCCAUAGUGACAACUGACAGUCGUCAUGACGAGAUCUUGACCGCACCCGAGCCCAUCAAGGUAGCAGUCUUCGGCACGGACGGGGUCGGCAAGUCAGCUCUCAUCGUACGGCUGCUGACGGGGCGCUUCAUCGGGGAAUAUGACCCGACGCUGGAGGCCGUGUACAGCUACCAGAUCCCGCUGCCCGGCCACACCCUCCCUCUGCAGGUCAUGGACACCGCAGGACACGUGGAAGUUGCCGAGGAUGGACGGGAGCGGCAGGUGUCGUGGGGUGAAGGCUUCAUGCUGGUGUUCUCCCUCACCUCCCACGCCUCCUUCACCGCCCUCAACCACCUGCGGCGUGUCAUCCUGGAGCUGACGCCCGGCUCUCCGCGGCCCAUGGUGCUCGUGGGCAACAAGGCUGACCUGGCCCACGCCCGCGAGGUAACCGACCACGAGAUACGUGACAUGGCCAGCAAAUGGGACUGCGACUACUUCGAGGUGGCGGCCCCCGAGCCUUGGGAGGUCGUGGUGCGUCCUUUCGCCGCCAUCUACCAGGCUGUCCUCAACACCCGCGAAACGCACUGACGCCAGGUACUUACUAUUGAAGGGGAAGUCUGUCUACCCACGCAGGCGGUAAAGGAUAGACAGAGCCUGUGUGACACCCGGUUCGGUCGAGGCGUCUUUAAGAGACCUUGCACUGAUUUCUGAGGCCACAGAAACCUCAGGGGAAUCCAAUAUCCUCUUCCCUUGUGGAGUACCAGCCAUUCAGAGAGGCAAAUGAGGAUGAGGAAUUGAGGCUGACUUUGUAGGGACUACCAAUACGCUCCCUCCAAGCUCACUAUUGUAAGGGAUGACUAUCUAACCCAUUGCCAUUAGUCUAAUUAAUCAGCCUCCUUCCUUCCCUCCCUCCCUUCCUUCCUCCCACCCUCGCUUUCCAGCAGCCGAACUACAUCAAUUAAUCAUACUCCUGUCCCCGUCACUCAGACAAGUUAUAAUUCGAUCUAUUACGGUAUAGUUUGUGUCCACGAUUAUGUUCACUACAUGACUGCUCUGGUAAUCCUGUGAACUAUCUUGUGGCACUGACUUGUAAUUCAAUCUUAUAUAAAUAAAAAAAUCAAUGGCAAGCUUUAAGCUUUCUUUAAUAUAGAGGCUAAGCUUUCACUAUUGUUUGGGCAGAACGUUAAUGUUUUACAAUACAAGUAUAAAUUAAUUAAUGGUUGGGUAAUAUGUGUGACAUCAAACGACUGUAAUAAAACAUAUCAAUUGUU